AUGGUGGAGUCACCGGUCGUUUUACUGCUGCUGCCAAUAAUUUGUGUGGCCUCCCAUUCUUUAUCUGCAGAAUGGAGGCUGGCUAGGAUGAGCUGCCAAAUCGUCAUCCAGCAAGCCACGCAGGUCACCUACAUAUAUCGAUGUGUGAGUUGCUUAGGUGCCGGCACACCCGAUCAUUUGUCUCUGGAGCUGGAGCUGCAUCGAUGUGUGGGCAGUCAAGUGGGCACAGUGACGCGCGACAUUGAGAGCCACGAACUGGAGCCCUUGCGUCGGACAGACAGCAUGAGCAUCUUUCAUAUUCCCGCAGGCCGCGAUGGGGAUGGCCUAGUACGUCGUAUAAUCGAUAUGCUAAAUCCGCGACAGCCUCGCAGGCACCUCCACAAAUAUAUCUUCCUGUGGCCCGGCGCCAAUCUUGAGCAGCUGCAUUCCCUCUUCUCUGGAUGCUGGGCGAAGCAGUUGCUGUUUGGGCUGGCGAUCACUCGAGUGGAUGACGGAAUCUUUGAUUUUGACCCCUUUCCCGAGGGUGGGCUUCGGGUGAUGCGGCACCGCGACCACGCUGCAAGCUACUCCGACAAGCUGAGGGAUCUGCGGGGAUUCGAGCUGCGCUACUCUAUGUUCACGGAUCCUUUGAUGGCUAUACCGAUACCACCGGUGGCCAGAUACGGAUACAGGGCAGUCGAUGGCGUGGCAGCCCGCGUGGCCGCACAGAUCCUAAACGCCAAUGUAACCUACGUCCUGCCCGAUGAUAACGAGUCCUACGGACGCUGCCUUCCCAAUGGAAGCGUUACCGGCGUGGUCAGAGAUCUCAUCAGCGGCAAGACGCACUUUGGGCCCAACUCACGCUUUGUCCUGGACUGCAUGUGGCCGCAGGUGGAGGUGCUAUAUCCACACACGCGGAGGAUGCUUUACCUGGUGGUGCCAGCGUCGGACAUUCAGCCGGAGUACCUGAUCUUUCUGCGGGUCUUUCGUCGGUCCGUGUGGCAUCUUCUGUUGGCCAACUUCCUGCUGGUUGUGCUUUUCUUCUGGCUGUUGCAACGAUUGCAGAAGUGCGUGCCACGGAGAUGGGAGAUGGGGCGGGGAUUCACCUUCGCUCGUUGGUAUGAGAUCGUCGAGACGUUUGGCAAAACCCAUUUGGGGGAACCUGUCGAAAGAUUCUCGCAGAUCAGCUCGAUGCGGGCCUUCCUCAUGUGUUGGAUUCUCUUCAGCUAUGUCGUGACAACCAUUUACUUUGCCAAGCUGGAGAGCGGCUUUGUCCGGCCCACAUACGAGGCGCAGCUGGAUAAUUUGGACGGACUUUCUCGCCUCAAUGUGCGCAUCUAUGCGGUGACCACCCUCUUCGAUGCGGUCAAGUCCACACUGUCGGAGCGCCACUACGACUUGCUAACCAGUAGGAGCAGGCAACUACCAUUGGAACUCACCACCUCCUAUUACCAGCUGAUAGUGAGUCGCAAGGAUAGGCGAUCCGCUUUUAUAAUGAGGGACUUCCAUGCGAGGGACUUUCUGGCCCUCACCUACAAUGCCCAGACGGAUCGUCCCUCCUAUCACAUUGUUAAGGAGUACCUCAGAUCCAUGCUGUGCACAUAUAUUAUGCCGCUGGGAUCGCCAUUCCUUUACAAAUUUCAAUCCCUGUACACGAGCUUUCAUGAGCACGGAUUCUACGAGCAUUGGCGCCAAAUGGACUUGAUUACUAGGGAUGGGACAUCGCCCAAUGCAGAGGAGUUUUAUGAGGAGUUGGGCGACCAAACGGAUACGGAUCCUGCUGUAUCUGACGCCGUAGGCAAUCGCCGAAAGAAACAUGUGGUUCUAACGUUGGAUGUAUUGCAGGGGGCUUUCUAUUUGUGGUCGCUGGGAAUUGCAUUGAGCAGCUUGGGCUUUGUGCUGGAGCAUGGCUAUUUUUUUUGGAAAAAACAAACUGCAGGAUUAACAGAAACCGUAUAA